UGUCUUAAACAUCAUCAAUUCACUGUAUCUUUGAUCAAACAAAAGGAACCAAGAUUAGAGCAAGUAAAGAUUAGCUCAAAGUGCGGCCUGAAGAUUUGGAUACGAAAAAGGCAUGUUUUCAAUCCUGAAUCAUGCUGGCUCCAAAGAACCUCCAAGAGAUCUUCAGAUGUGGCCAAAGUACUCUCUCAGAACAAGUGGUUGGCAAAAUACCUAUAAAUUCCUUGCUAAUUGAUCGCGUUCCAACUUUAUUUAG